AUGAGUAAGUCACAGGCCUACGACGAGAAGGCAAGCUAUGUCGACCAUGAAAUAGGGCAAGAUGCCAGUGUCGGUGAAGUUGUUGAAUAUCAUGCAUCUCCUGAAGAGGAGCGUCGACUGUUAUGGAAAUUGGAUCUUUUCAUGAUUCCAACAAUGGGAAUCUGUUACAUGCUUCAGUACAUGGAUAAACUGGCGCUUAGUCAAGCAACCCUUCUCAACCUCCGAUCAGACCUUGGCCUUGUUGGCCAACAAUAUACAUGGUGCUCUGCGAUUUUCUAUUUCGGCUACUUGGCCUGGAGUUGGCCAACGUCCUACUUGAUCGUGCGCCUUCCUCUGGGAAAGUACCUCGCUGUAUCAGUAUUCCUCUGGGGUGGAAUACUCAUGUGUCAUGCAGCCUGCCAGAACUUUGCAGGCUUGAUCACCGCUCGAUUCUUCCUUGGCGUUGGUGAAGCUGCUGUCGCACCAGGCUUUGGUCUCAUCACAGGAAUGUUCUACAAGAGAGAAGAGCAACCCGCUCGCCAGGGAGCAUGGUUCGUUGGUAACUGCAUUGCUAACAUCAUCGGCGGUGUGGUUGCAUAUGGCAUUGGAAACACCGCUUCAGAUCUCCAAAGCUGGCGUCUUUUGUUCCUCGUGCUUGGUGGAAUCACCUCUGGCUACGCCAUCGUUCUCUUUUUCGUCCUUCCCGACUCGCCCGCGAAAGCAUCCUUCCUCACCGAGACCGAACGCGUGAUCGCUGUGCAACGAACACUGAAGAACAAGACUGGCACUGCUGAGGCGACCGAGGUGUUCCAAUGGAACCAGGUCUGGGAGGCUGUGCAAGACCCGCAGGCAUGGUUCCUGGUACUUUACACCUUCUGUGUCAACCUCUGCAAUGGUGGACUCACCAGUUUCUCCGCCAUCAUCAUUGAAGGCUUCGGGUACUCCAGCUUCAAGUCCCUCUUGCUGCAGAUGCCCAUGGGUGCCUCGCAACUAGUGUUCCUGAUCAUCACCGCAGGAAUCGCCACAUACGUCAAAUCAUCGCGUAUCAUGGCCAUGAUUUUCAAUGUCAUUGUCGCUGUCAUUGGUAUAGUUCUGAUCUACACACUCAAUGACACCCACAAGAUCGCCAAACUGGUUGGUCUAGCCUUUGUUGCUGCUUUCGCGGUCAACAUUCCACUCAGUUUGAGUAUUGUCACCUCCAAUGUCGCCGGUGCGACAAAGCGGAGUACCAUCAGUGUUGCUAUCUUUGCCGCCUACUGCGUGGGCAACAUUGUCGGUCCUCAAUUCUUCUUCGCGUCGCAAGAGCCAAAAUACCAGAGCGGUAUUGAGGCUUCAUUGUGUGGAUUGGUGCUUGGCAUCUUCUUCCUAGGCUUGCUAUUUGUUUACUACACUUGGGAGAAUAGAAGACGGAACUCGCAAGAUGCAGGAGUAUCCGAGGGUGAUCUCCGCGAUAUCGUUGAAUCGCAGAACAACAAGACCGACAAGCAGAUACCCGGGUUCAGAUAUUCCCUAUGA